UAUCUCCAAAUGGUAACAUUGGCAUUGACCGUUCCUUCUCUCUCCCUCUAUAGAUCAGGAUAUGUACUUUUACAAUGGGACCUUUAAAAUCACUAAUGUCCGGUACAUCCGUGAGUUUGACAAGCAUACCUCAAAAGAGCACAGAGACCUGAGCAUAAACAUCGAGCAGCUGGUGACCAAUACAUUUCGAGCCUCCAUUUUAAAUAAGAAGUACAUCAGGUCCCAUGUCUUCAACCUGAGCCCAGACGCCAGCGGAGUGGUGGUAGAGCUUGUGCUGAUGUUCGAAUUCGCCUCAACCGAUAACAGAAAGGCCUUCUCGGAAAGAAUCAAGAGCAUUUUGCUUCGGUGGCUGCAGACAAACACAGGGGGCUUGAAAAUUGACCCCUCGACUUUUAAACUCUCAGGCAAGUUUCUUGAGCUUUCCUUUUUCUCCUUGAUUUUGCUGCUCGGGUCAUCCCUUUCCUCUGUACAAUGGAUAAAGAAGGAAAAUGGAGAACACCUUUUCAACAACUAUUGUGGGAUACGAACAAGUAAAUCGCUUUCCUACGCAGACAGAAUAACUGGAGGCAUCUCUGCCCAGGAAGGCGAGUGGCCAUGGCAGGCUAGUCUUCAGCUGAGCGGUAUCCACCGCUGUGGUGCAACGCUGAUCAGUAACACGUGGCUUAUAACUGCAGCUCACUGCUUUAGAGGACAACAGAAUCCCAAUAGGUGGACGGCUAGCUUUGGAACUGUCAUAAGACCUCCGCAAAGCAGAAGAUCCAUCCGCAACAUCAUCAUUCAUGAAAAAUACACUGAUGCCGUUCAAAACCACAAUUAUGACAUCGCUGUUGUGCAGCUCUCUGCCCCUGUGGAAUUUACAAAUGUCAUACGCAUGGUCUGUCUCCCUGAAGCAUUUUACGUCUUCCCACAUAACACUACCUGCUUUGUCACGGGAUGGGGCGCUUUACGGAAUGAAGGUUCAAGCAUUAAUAAUCUCCGGCAAGCGGAAGUGAAGAUCAUAGACACGAACAUUUGCAAUAGAGCAGAAGUGUACAAUGGGGCCAUCGCACCUGGGAUGGUGUGUGCUGGAUACUUGGAGGGGAAAAUAGAUGCCUGCCAGGGUGACUCUGGUGGCCCUCUGGUCACUGAAGAUAGAAGAGGAAUCUGGUUCCUUGUUGGAAUAGUGAGCUGGGGAGACGAAUGUGCUAAAAAAAAUAAACCUGGCGUCUACACACGAGUGACUUACUAUCGGGAUUGGAUUGCCGCAAAAACUGGCGUCUGAAGGAGUCACAAGUGGGUUAAACUGCACAGGCUGGGUAUACAAGCCAGGAACUCCAAAACACUCUUUACCAGUCUAUGUUUUGUUUACUGUCCAAAGCAAGCGCCGGAUUAGCUUGUGGUGACAUUCCUACCGCUCAGUGACUCGUCUCUGAACUGAAUUGCUCUGGCCUGUCGAAGAAGAGGAACAGACUCAGUCAAACAUGCACAAGGAGCACAAGCUACUGAUUGAUUUACCACUUAGGAAAGUGUAUCUACUGCUUCCAGGAAAGGCAGGUUAUUCUGUAUCCUCAGUCAGGACUGAGAAUAACCCUGCUUUCCACCCUCUGUGCUACUCACCUCCUGCUGGGAUCAGAUGUCUUGGCCACAGUCUUCCUAGCUGAGCAAAACGCCCCCUUGGUUGGAGCCCAUCUGUGCAAAUCGUCAGUCACCUGGACAG